AUGGCUCGUUGGUCCACCAACAACGUUCCCGCACACGCUCUUCGUACUGACCCAGGGCCCGAUGCUACUGUACGAGUGCCGUUUGAUCCCACAUCUUUGGCGGCGCAAUAUAUUCGUAUAUUGGCUGCGGAACAGACAUGUCCACAUCAUCGUCCGUCGCUAGACGAAUCCGCGACAUCUUCGUUGCUUUUCCUACGCUUCUGCGAACUGCUCGCAACUAAAGUAUACUUUGUAGUCUCUUGUGCUGUUCAAUGCAAAUGCAGUAGUGCUCUACUAGCUCUCUCUCUAUGUGGGCUACGGAACGUGCCUCUUCGCAACCGGCGGUUCUUGUGGACCGCUACCCACUGUAGGGUGUUGGCAAGUCUGAUGCCUGGAUAG